AAUCAUUGAAUUUGCUGACCAAUUUGUAUGGACGUGUUUUCCUGCUAUAAGUUGCAUAUAUAAGAUUGUUUAACAACAAUCCACGCAGUAUUAGCACAGACUAGAUACAAGAAACUUGAAAUAAUGAGGACAAUUGUUGUAUUGGCAACCGUUUUUGCGGCGGCGCUCGCCCUUCCCGCCGACACGUACAACCCUAAAUACGAUAGCUUCAACGCUGAAGAACUCGUCGGUAAUGAUCGUCUUCUCAAGAGCUUCGUGAAUUGCUUCCUGGAUAAAGGAGCUUGCACACCCGAAGGAUCUGACUUCAAAAGGGUAAUUCCUGAAGCGCUUCGGACUACAUGCGCCAAAUGCACCCCAAAACAGCGCCAGCUGAUUCGCAUUGUUGUUCAUGGUAUCAAAAAUAAGAUGCCUAAAGAAUGGAAUGAGCUUAUCCAGAAGGAAGACCCAACGGGCGAGUUCAGGGAAUCAUUUAAUCAGUUCAUCAGUGCCUCUGAUUAAAUACAAUAUAUACCGAUUUGACGAAAAUAUAACCUGGACAAUAUGUACGACUUUGUAAAGUUUUUGGAAGUAUCAUCAUCGAAUUAAACUAAGUAAAGCUAUAAAACAUCACAUAAUUUAGUACUCUAUUUUUUUAUAUAAGUAUUUAUUAACAUGUAAUAAAACAUUUUUUUUUUA